CACUUAGUGUCAAGACUUGGCGCCUGGUCGAUGACAGGCGCCAGUCGACCAGACUUCCGACCCGGGCCGGCUCGAUCCGACGCGACCCGACCUGCUCCGACGGUCGCACCUCGGCCUGCGCGCCCCUCAGUCGCGCUCCGGAAGCCACAGGUGCAGCACGUGUCGUGCAACUGGUGCCACCUCAGCGGAUCCGACGGCCGCCACGCCCGCCCGCGGGAACACUGCUAAAGCGCACAAGACACCGACCGACUUCAGACCGCUCUGCCACCGAGGAGCCAUGAUUCGUCGGAGCCUUCUGUCUGUGACCGCUGCAUUGGUGCUGCUGUCUGUAAGCUGCUCGGCGCAGGAAACCAUGGGGUGCGCCGACAGGAGCGCCAUUAAUGACUUCAACGCCACGCUGUACAUGGGGAAGUGGUACGAGUACGCCAAGAUGGGCAGCAUGCCCUUCGAGGAGGGCGGCGUUUGUGUAACGGCAGAGUACUCCAUGGCGAGUAACAACAUCACAGUCGUCAACUCCAUGAAGGACAACACGACGCACGAGGUGAACUCCACCACGGGCUGGGCAGAGUUCGCGAGCGAGCUGCACAACGACGGGAAGCUCAACGUACACUUCCCGAACUCUCCCAGUGUUGGUAACUACUGGAUUCUGAGUACAGACUACGACAACUACUCCAUUGUGUGGUCCUGCGUUAAGCGCCCGGACAGCGCAGCUUCUACAGAAAUCUCAUGGAUCCUUUUACGAUCACGGAACUCUUCGAAUAUGACGCUGGAGAGAGUGGAGGAUGAGCUGAAGAAUCUGCAGCUAGACUUGAACAAGUACACGAAAACGGAACAAAGUGCUAAGUAUUGCGCUGGCGCAGAGCAUAUGGUGGGGGCAAUGCUCAGUGUUGCGAUUGCGUCGCUGUUCGCUCUCCUGCACUAGAGCCAUUAUGGUCAGCGAGUCAUGACUCAGGUCAGCGAUGCUGGCUCUUCGCUCCUGGACAAAUACUGCACACGUCAAAGAUAAACAACUGUGCAGCACAGGGUUACAAUCUCCACUCUUCAUGGUCUAGGGUUGCGACACAUUCUGCAUUCCAAAGCUCAUAUUGUUUUCCAGGUGAACAACACUGCACUCUUGUGAGAUUUUCGAUCCACAUUACCUGGGGUACAACAGCAGGGACCAUAAAGUGUAUCAGACCAUGAAACUUGUGAUUUGAAGGAGUGGCCCGUGGAUUUUCUCACUUUAUUGUCCACAUUGUUUCAGAAAUGAGCAUACACUGAUAACAUUUUCAUUAAAUAAAACACACAAUAACUUCACUGUAAUGUAGCACAAUUCAACACAAAUAUUUGAUGACUUUUUUCUUAUUUUUGCUACAGAAUGUGUCAAACUGAUAAUUCCUCUUCUUCAUGAUAAAGCAUUGUGAAAGGUUCCAGUUUAUUGUCGACUUACAGAAAAUGUUUAGAAGCAGGUUAUGAGUUAUGUAGUCAACAAGGUGACAUUGACUUGAAAAUGUUCAUGCAUAAUGUUGUCAAUAAGUGUAAUAUCUAGUCCUUAGUAUUGUAUAUUGCUCUUGCUUUCCUUCUCAAGAUGCCCUACUAUUUCCAAUUAAAUGUUUCUCAUUUUCUUUUUAUGAUGUUUGGCUGUGGGUGAAUAUUUGUUCUGACAGAUUUGUAAUUCAAAUUAAUUUUCUGGGGCUGGUAUUGAAUCUAGUAUUCGUCAACAUCUUAUCAAAUGUGACAUCACAGACGUUAAUAUUGAAUAGCACAGCUCCUUACUUAAAUAACAGGUGGAAGUCUGCCCUACUGUGGAGAACUCUUAAUGUACUGAAAAAUCAGGCGUUCAGAGAUGUUAUAAUUCACUUCGCAAAUUUUAUAACUUUAAAACUUAUAAAUGUUAUCUGCAGUGUAAAUAAUAUACUCCUUCUCUGAAAAAUUUCUUUAAUUUAAGGAUUACAUUCUACAUAAUCUUAUAUUGUGCAAGAAGCUUAUGAGGGUAAUAGUUCAUUUGGGAAGAAUCGUCCAAAUACGAACCUCAAGGGUGAUGGUGCUUUGUAGGCACAUUUAGUAUCUCUCGUUUCCAAACUGAUUCAUCAACAUUACUCAUGCUUCAUAAUCUCAAAUAUACUUACUGUUAAUUUUACUGCUUUUUGCAAGCCUUUCUUAGUCUCUUGAAUUUGGCGAACUUUACCUUUAGAGGACUUGGAAAUUAUGAUCGAAACUUAUAUGCUACAGUAUUACUGGUUUUCUGCCGUCCUGUUUUGCUGUAAUAUGCUUCUAAAAGAAUUGUGUGGUUAAUAGUUUACAUCACAAAACCAAAGAAAGUAAAUGGGAUCAUGUAAAUGUAUAAUGGAAAUUCAGGCACGUUGAGUGAUUACACAGCUAUUUGACUGCUAUCAUUUUCAUGAAGUGCGUCAAGAGUUAUCUGGCUACACUAAAACUAGUUAUAAAA